AUGACCGUAGCUUUGCUCCGACUAGACACCAUAUCCCAACUGUCUGUACCUCGUGGCAGUACUUAUGUCAAAAGUGGGCUCAGGAGAUCCCAAGACAUCAAAACCGAAACCAUACAGGCCCACCUGGGAAUAAAUGCCAAUCAAGCGCUAAAGGUAAUUGCGCGGGCGGAGCCCGUCCGUCGCAACGGCCCCGUCUCCGACGGCUCUCGGUUUAAAAGAGUUGGCAUCGUGAACUCAACCGCCUCACCUUACAAACUUGAACGAAACGUCCAUUCUCCGAUCAUCAUGCUGAGUCUUCAGGGAAAGGUCGUUUUGAUCACUGGCUUGGGCCAAACCAGUGACGAAGGAUGGGGGAUCGGCGCUGCAAUUGCUACCCUCUUCUCCCGCCAAGGCGCUUCCAUUUUCGGGGGCAACCGCACUCUGGCAUCAGCCGAGCGCACGAAAGAACGAAUUGAAAAAGAAGGGGGCAUCUGUGAUGUAGUCCAGACCGAUGUGACCGAUUCCGACUCGGUCAAAGCACUUGUCGACCAGUGCGUGGCGAAGCACGGCCGGAUCGACAUCCUGGUAAACAACGUCGGCCGCUCCGAGCCCGGUUGUCCGGCCACCAUGUCGAAGGAGGUCUGGGAUGGCCAGAUCGACAUCAACUUGAAUAGUCUGUACCUGACUUGCCACUAUGUGCUGCCCAUCAUGGAAAAGCAGGGCUCCGGUGCGGUAGUGAACGUGGCUAGCAUCGCUGGUUUACGGUAUAUUGGAAAGCCUCAAGUGGCGUACUCGGCGACCAAAGCCGCGAUCAUGCAGUUCACCAAGGCCACAGCUGUGAUCUAUGCGGACAAAGGCGUGCGUUUGAAUACAGUGGUUCCGGGCUUAAUUUACACCCCUUACACAAAGACUCUGGCUCAGCGGUAUGACCCCGGCGGAGAUGAAGCGGUCUACAUGGAGAAGAGGGACGCACAGGUUCCGAUGGGGAGAAUGGGGGAUGCAUGGGACGUGGCCAAUGCUGCGUUAUUCUUGGCAUCGGACGAGGCCGCUUAUAUUACCGGCCAGAAGAUUGUCGUGGACGGUGGAAUUACUAGUUCGACGGGGCGGGUCUGA